AUGGCUGUGAAAGCUGGACUUACUACCAAAUUUACCAACCACAGCGGAAGGAAAACAAUGAUGCAGGCCUUGGUAAACCAAAACUUUCCACCAACAGACAUUAUUCAACUGUCGGGCCACAAGAACCUGCAGAGUGUUACUCAUUAUUCCACUGUCAACGAGUCACAGCAAAUGGAAAUGUCGAGAACUCUCAGUUCAGUUGCCACUGGAAAGCUGAGUCAUUUGUCUAACUUGACCACUGGAAACUCAGGGGUUGAAGUUCACUCGUCGACGAACAGACAGAAAACGACAAGCGAACACAAUGUCCAAGAACAUGCUAUGCCGGCGCUGUUUUCGAACGCAACUAUAAGUGGAGGGAGUAUAAAUAUAUCAAUAAAUACUCUCAAGCAGUCUCCAACACUAUCUAUAACAAAUGUGGAUAGCCCACCAAAAACAUACAAACGUUUAAAACUUCUGAGCGAUUCUGAGUCAGAUUGA